AGCUUACUUUAAAAAGCUAAAUGAAGACUCUAUUCAAUAGAAGGCCGUGCUUCUACUUAGACGCGAAGGCUACCCUCAGGGUUGUACUCGCGUUGAAUUUUUUAUUUUUGAAAUAAAUAACUUAUUUACAACCUUAAAGUUGUGGUCCCAUAUCAUUACCGAUAUGAUACCAACUAACACUAUAAGGCAUGUUUUCUGAUGUCUGAUGAUGAAGAAUUGAAUAAUCACGUAUCUUUUUUAGCUUAUUCUUUAAUUCAUUAAGUCGGUACGAAACAGAAUUGGAGUCAUUAAGCCUUUAACUGUUUUCAUAUAUUAUUAUCUCUGAUCUUUGUUUACGAACAAAAAUAAACAGCCUAGCUCACCAUGAAAGACGUGGAUGGGUUUUAAGGACUCCAGUAUAAAUAUAUAUAUUUCGGGAGGCUUUUUUUGGUAAAAUUGUGAUUUUGAAUGUACCUUUUUUUCGCAGAUCUUUUAUUACUUAUUUACCAUCAAAGUAAACUCCUUUUUUUUCGAAAUCAAAUACACUGAGUAUACAUGCGUAAUCGGGCCUAUUCAUCUAACACCAGCCAAAAUAAUAAUUUCUAAUCCGUAUUGUGCCAUUAAAGUGGAAACCUUGUGAAAAUACCUGAUAAUAUUCAAACCUACCUAAAAAAGAUUCCUGGCAUCUGUCUGGCAAAAUGCUCGCUGCUCAUUUGCCAGAUUGCUCUGUUCUGUAUUCUGGUUGUCACGUGACCGACAUCAUAAAAGUUUUUCCUGCCCCGUAAAGGUUAUUCAUAUACAAAUCAUUCCAAUCUCGCUACCAAAAUGUGCCCGUCGAGUCACAUGCCCACAGCACUGUAAUCUGUAAUUGAUUUUCAUUCAAGGAUAGCUGAAAAAAGUGAUUUCGGUUCACUGCCAGGAAUUCAACAUCUUUCAGCGUUCGGCAUUUUAAACAGUGAACCAGCAGGUGCGCUUUGUAAAUCUAAAAGAUCAACAUUUGCCGCAAAACACGGGCAGACUUGGAGAUAUGGGUUGUGGUUCGUCUACCUUCAAACCGCCUAGAGAGCCCGUGAAAAUCCCCCUAUCUGUAGCCCAGAAGUAUCUAGUACGAGAAACGUGGGAGACAAUCGAGCAACACUCGAAGGCAGUUGGCAAAAAGACUUUUCUCAGGUUCUUUGAAAUAAACCCAGACUACCAAAAGCUGUUCCCAGAGUUUGCCACACUAGACCAGGUUGAGCUGGAGCAGGCUAAUGCGUUACACGGUCACGCCAAGCGAGUCAUGAAGGCCGUAGAGAACGCUGUCUCCGCCAUGGAUGAUGCGGAAAGUUUCGCCGCUUACUUAGAAAACCUCGGGGCACGACACAAGGCAAGGGCCCUCAAGCCGGCCUAUCUCGAUGCCAUGCAAGUUGCUUACACGGACACGAUACAAGAUCUGCUCAAGACUCAAUGGACAGACGGAACAGCCGAGGCUUGGAACAAACUGUUUCGUUUUAUCGCGGAUACCAUGAAACAUGGACUUUCCUCCUGAAGUCAGCAGCGCGAAGCCUAAAAAAUCCUCUGAAACUAAUAGUUGCCUAAGGGGGUUUUCCAUGCGAUGCCCUCCCAUUCCCCUUGUUUUGUUUUAUCGCUAAUACCAUGUGAAACAUGGGCACACCUCCUUGAUGUCAGAGCGAAGCCAAAAGAACCUCUGCAACUAAUGGUUUCCUAAUGGCUUUUCCAAUGCAAUGCCCCCCCCCCCCCUAUAUCGCCGAUACCAUGUGAAACAGGGGCAGACAUCUUAAAGUCAGCGCCCCUGCUUUUGCAUGCAAUGCUCUUCUACUAUUUCAUGAAGUUUUCUUACACUUAUUGCGUGCAACAGGCGAGAAAAUUUAUCAUAUUUUUAUGAUGUUUAUACGACAUGUGGUGAAAACGUUAUGUCAACGUAUGUCAACGUAGUUACGUAACCUUAAAACAUACAACCAAACAUAUCAACAAAAGAUCACGGAAAACAAAAACGCUUUCCAGCUGCACGAUGUUACGUUGGAAAGUAUCUAUUUGCUGGGGUGAUGCAGCGAAUAUAUUACCCUUCUCGAAUUCCGUACCCCUGGAAAUGCGAUGGAAACAACCAACCCAAGUGUUACUCCUUAAGAAAUCCAAACGGUAAAAUACUUUCUUAUGUGAAUCCCAUAUCUAAUAUCUAAGCUCGAAAAUCCUAACCCUGUUUCCUCAAUUACGUGUUUUCUUCGUGACCGCCCUGGAACGCCCCAAACACACACGGCACGAAUCACAGUUUGUAAUAUUUCAUAUUUCAUAACAUCUUUAAUUAGCAAUAUCAAGAUUUGUUAAAGUGACAAUUUGUAAAUAAAGAUUACAUACGUAUCUUAA